ACCUUGCGGAGGAUGGGCACCCCUGUCUCAAAUGAACAUUAACAUCUCAUUAUAUUAAUUCAUUUCUUAAACUGUAUUGUGGUUAAAACAAUCAUAAUCAGAAACAAAUAUCUUUAAUUUAUCCCUAAAAUAUAAUUUGGCUCGAAAUUGGGCGCCUCCUAAAUUUUGCAGCCUAGUUCAAGUGCCCUUUCCCAUAGUUGCGAUCCAGUAAUAUUUUUUUACUUUUCCAUUUUCAGUAAUCCCAAAUAAAGUUUACAUACUUUGAAGAGCAUCUGAAUCCUUGCUUAAAACCUUUGCUCUAUAAAAGGCGGGAGAUUGGCAUGUUAUGGUUCGAAUGGAAGCCGGCAGAUAGGAGCACAGAUACUUACAUUAUUGCCUCAGUCUGUGGUGACACCUGUAGAUUUUACCAUCUUAAAGCACUAUUAUAACUUAUCACCCAAAAAUAUCCGUUCUUCUUUACUGUUAUCCCGGUAGUGAAGUAUUUGUCAAGUGGUUUUUAAAAAUUCAGCUGUGAUGAGAAUAGAGUUUCAACAUAAUUUUGACUUAUUUCAUUAUCUUCAAAAAGUGUCAGACGUCUUUCAUUUCGUCCAAAUUAUCGUGAUGAAGAUUAUUUGUUAGCAGUGAAUUAGAAAUAUAACCUCCAAAUAAUGGAAGAAAAUUUAAAAGGAUCUGGAGAAAGAGGUGAAUGUAAAAUUCUUUACAAUUUCUUUAUUUUUUUUCUGUAGUUAUUGUAGUAAUUCAGAUAGCAGGGACGACGCGCAUUUUCCAAUGACGUCACAUUGCUGGUUUGCACUCGUGCGUGCCGCCAUUGAGCGUAGGAAAUUUUGGUGCGAUGUAACUGAAUCUCUUACUGGAUCUUGUUUCUAAAUUCUUCCAAAGAAAGGGGCUUUUAAUGCUGUAUUUAAUAAAUUUAUUUAGUACAGAUUUGACCUGUUAGUGUGUACAUUACGGUAGCCUAAUGUAUGGACUGUCUAAGUGACCUGUUUUGAAAUCGACCUAUAACUUAAAUUUGAAAAGUUUACCAUGCAAGGCAAUGGAGAUAUUCAGUGGUGUUUUUCUCAAGUCAAAGGGACUUUAGACGACGAUGUUACUGAAGCUGACAUUAUUUCAUGCGUGGAAUUCAACCAUGAUGGAGAUCUUCUCGCAACAGGAGAUAAAGGAGGACGAGUCGUUAUUUUUCAGCGUGAUCCAGUUAUAUGGCAUGAGGUGGGCAUAGGUGAAAAGCUGCCAAGAAAGCUGAUGGAACCUCUCUAUGAAGUGGAAAGCCAAAUCAGAGUUGGCAGAGAUGCGGCUGACACUCACAACGUCCUUGGAGUGCACAACUGGAUAGUGGCUAUAGUGGCUUUAUGGAAAUAUAAAACAAUCAAAUUAUGGAAAGUGUCAGAAAGAGACAAGAAAGUAGAAGGCUACAAUACAAAAGAAGAAAAUGGCCAAAUGAGGGAUCCCUCAUGCAUCACUGCAUUGAGGGUUCCUGUGAUCAAACCAAUGGAACUAAUGGUGGAAGCUUCACCACGAAGGAUAUUCGCCAAUGCUCAUACAUACCACAUUAACUCAAUUUCGGUAAAUUCUGAUCAAGAAACAUACUUAUCUGCUGAUGACCUCCGUAUCAACCUGUGGCAUCUCGAGAUCACUGACCAGAGCUUCAACAUUGUUGACAUUAAACCUGCCAAUAUGGAGGAGCUGACGGAAGUGAUAACUGCCGCUGAAUUUCAUCCCCUUGAAUUUUUUGAAGAACCUGAAGAUCCGACGAACAGAAGUUUCUUUUCUGAGAUAAUUUCAAGUAUAUCUGACGUUAAGGUGUCUAAUUCAGGGCGCUACAUGAUCUCGAGAGACUAUCUCUCUGUCAAGGUUCAUGAAUAUUUAAGGUCAAAACUCUGUUCCCUUUAUGAAAAUGACUGUAUCUUCGACAAGUUUGAAUGUUGUUGGGCUGGUAACGAUCAGUACAUUAUGACUGGAUCGUAUAACAAUUUCUUUAGAAUGUUUGACAGAGCAUCAAGACGUGAUGUGACAUUAGAAGCCUCUAGGGAAAUAGCUAAACCAAAGACAGUUCUUAAGCCAAGAAAGGUAUAUCAGGUUUGUACAGGCGGGAAGAGGAAGAAAGAUGAAAUUUCUGUAGACUGCUUAGACUUCAAUAAGAAAAUCCUGCAUACGGCUUGGCACCCGACUGAGAACAUAAUAGCUGUUGCGGCCACAAACAACUUAUUCCUCUUUCAAGACAAGUUGUAGCCCCUGCCUACCCUCCCCGUCUCUCCGCCACCACCAAUCCUUAGGGCUUUGUGGAAAUGGGAAGAAGACCUUGAGCUAAAACUACUCAAGAAGCUGUGGUGACAUUCGAAGCCCGUGCGGAGCAUCGUGCGGGACACCUCAGCCAUUCGCAGACAGUCACACAUGGAUUAUUUGUAAUGGACACUCAAUCCUCGAGCCACACACACAUACGUCUUAUCUUCUCCGUGAUGAAAUACACUCACUCCUAGCCUGUAAGCUGAUAUAACUCCGUCUUAAAUUAUAUCUGUUACAUAAUUGUGUGAAUGGAUGUGUGUGACUCCAGCCGAUCAAGAAUAUUGUCUGUGUGUUCUAGAACAUUCGGUCCCAAAAAUCUAGGGACAAGUGCCAUCAUAGAAAAACCCCGUUUAUUGUAAUUGUACCGCAGUUAUUUUACAAGAUAUAUAUAUAAACGCAUAUUUAUAUAUAUAUAUAUUUAAUAAUAGUGUAAUACGUGAAUAAUUGUUUAUUGUUUAAUUUUUUAAAUCUUUUGUUUUUAAAUAUUUUUUUGUACAGUAAGUUUCCCCUAGAGUUAUAUUUAAUAUUUAUUUUAUUAUGAAAGCGGAUUGAAUCGUGUUUAAGCACAACCUACUUAAACAAGCCGGGGGGUUGCGAAAGCUACAACAAGGCUUGAGCUGGUGCAGAGAAACAGAGUGGCCUAACUGAUUUUAUGGACCUACAUUAUCAAAUAGUCGUACAAGGUCUGUGGCCUGAUGCGCACAUCCCAUUGAUUUUAUUUGUUUUUAUUUAAAUUGACGUGCAAGGAUCCUUUAGAAAUUGGUUACGUUGUGCCAUUUCUUUUCAGGUUUUAACGAUUCCUGCAACACUGAUGAAAAUUAUAACAAAAAAAAAAAUAUUAUAAAAUAUGAAAAUUAAGAAAAAAAAAUUAAUAAAAUUUAAAAUACUUUACAGACAUCAUCCCAUCCUUGAAUCAAAAUGACUAUAUUAGAUGUAUAAUUAAUAAAAAUAUAUAUACAUAUAUAUAUAUUUGAUGAUUUGUUAUAACGAUAGUCAGCGAGUCAGUGCUGUACUAUUAGAUUUACUACUAUGUAAACUCUGACAUGCCUUUAGGACUGUAUAAGUGUUUAUUUAGUGCAAAUGUAAUAAUUCGAGAUUAUAUUUUUCUUAUGAAAGAUGUUAUAUCUUUAAAAAGUGAACUUGAAAAGAGUCACGGUGAGAAAGUGAAUUUUGUGAUGUUGAUGUAUAAAAAGGAGUAGUCUGCCCUUCUUGAGCUGUGUAAUAUUUAUUACAAAGUCACAAAAAAAAAAAAAAAAUAUAAAAGAAAAAAAAAACAGAAAAAUUUAUAAAAUCAAUUUUCUGAUGAAGGCAUCGAGUUGACUCCAAAUCGGUCCAAGCUCAAAUUUUUAGUAUAACUGUGACCAAGAGAAAUAGUUUGUUAUUAAUUUAAAUUAUUUUUUAGUAUUUAAAACACCAACCAGAAUGCUUUCAUAAUGGCUCUUUGUUAUAAUUCUAUACUCGUUUGUUAUCAAUGCUGAACCUUGUCCUGUUUUAGGUACAAAAAAAAAAUAAAGCAUAAAAUGUAUUAUAAAAAUAUAAAAAUUUGAAUA